GAGAAACAGAGGAAACGGAGACGCGAUAGUAGAAGAUAAAGAAUGGAAGGUGGUUCGAAAGGAACACUCAAAGCUGUGGCUCUCAUCAUUGGAGACAGCAACGUUAGAGGCUUUCUUCACUUCACUCAAUUCCCAAACGGGAUAACCCAUGUCAAAGGAAAGAUAACUGGUCUGUCCCCAGGCCUUCAUGGCUUCCAUAUCCAUGCCCUUGGUGAUACCACCAAUGGCUGCAAUUCCACUGGGCCUCAUUUUAAUCCAUUAAAGAAGGAUCAUGGAGCACCAAGUGAUGGAGAGCGCCAUGCUGGUGAUUUGGGUAACAUUAUUGCAGGCCCUGAUGGGGUUGCUGAGAUUUCGGUUAAAGAUUGGCAGAUUCCACUUAGUGGGCAGCAUUCCAUAUUAGGGAGAGCAGUUGUUGUGCAUGCUGAUCCUGAUGAUCUUGGCAGAGGUGGACAUGAACUUAGCAAGACAACAGGGAAUGCAGGUGCAAGAGUUGGAUGUGGUAUCAUUGGGCUUCAAUCAGCCGUUUAGAAGCAGUUUGGUUGCAUGUUAAAAGAUAUUUGUUCAAAAACUGCAAAUUAUAAUCUUCUGGUUGAAUUUUUGUAUCUCUCAAUAAUCCGCUUGAAAACUAAUUUUAGGAUGUAGAUUGAAAGGCCAUCUGUAAUGUCUAUGAUAUGUAAACAAUUUUCAUACUAAA